AUGAACUCCUUACUUCUUUUCACAAUCUUUGCUACUUCAGUUAUGGCAGACGACUUGCUUUCAAAGUUGGUUUCUGACGUUAAAGCCAAUCCACAGGAAUACCUUAGCUACAUUCAAACUGCCACUGCCUCUAUUCCCGAAGAUCUCACCCCAUUAGCUCUCCAAGUACGCACGUACACAGACGAUUCGUUCACGACACUCUUAGACAGCAGCCAGAAAAGCGAAAUUCUGGCGUUUGCUACGGGGUUGCCAUGGUACAGCAGCAGAUUGUUGGAUGAUUCAAACUCCGCAGGGCUGACCGAAACAAAUGGCUCAACCAGCUCAACUGCUAGUUCUGUCUCUGUUUCCGCAAGCGAGUCGACCGGAAAUGCAGGCAAAUUGGUGGUGCCAGGCGUGGGUUUGGCAGCUCUUGCAGUGGUUUUGUUGUAA